GAAAUACAUUCUAGGUGAAUAAACUUCCCAACAGCAUCUUCGACUUUCCCGGAUUCUACAGUGAACCGCAUCCUGCCGCCGACGGUCGGCACAGUGUCGACUCCAUGAUAUCAGACGAGAAUGGUUCCGAUCCCGAUGAUUUCCUCGAACGGGUUGAGAUCGACUAUGGUCCUCAUGGAAGCGAGAACCAGCCCUCGAAAGCAGACGGGAAGAAUGUCUCUAGCUCAGGCAACUUAAAAGAUCGUUUGCAUAAACGCUCUCAACGGCGGACAAUAGAACCCUCUCAAGGUGACUACACCCUAAUCAGGGCUCUCGAACCUAACAGACCAGACAUUGCUGGAGAAGUCGGAGAUAACCCGCUUAGGAGAGAUGUGGAAUCAGAUAAUGAAGAUGAAGAUAAUCGCGCGGAGGUCUCUCGCCAACAGCCACGAUCCAAUAAUACAAUAGCCUCAUUUAAUGACCUGGUGGCCCACAAACCAGGAAAGCCCGGAGUAGGGAAAUAUGCUCUUUCGCUGUCAGACCUGUCAACCCCAGAAAUCCCCUUUUCCGAGAUUCAGUUCCCAUCUGCUUCCCAUGAUGGACUUAUAGACAACUCUCAAACUCUGCCGUCAAUGAAAGCCGUCUCAGACAAUCUCGGCUCCGUCGUGCUCAGUUCAUUUAGUGUUUCCGCUUCGUCCUCACGUGUGAUACCACCACAACGGCAAACGUCAGGCCAAUUGCCAACACCGUAUUUCAAUGUGGAAGACAUGAAUCAACAACUUGGAUCAGAAUUCAACUUACAGAUGGCUGCUCCGGCAGACAAGAGUCCCAUAAACAACCAUCCCGUGCCAGUCGAGGCUAAAGUGCAUAAAUGCACAUUCCCUAAUUGCACGGCGGCAUUCACAAACAAACAUUCUUUAUCUUCUCAUGGCGCAGUCCAUAAAGACCACAGACCACACUACUGUCCAGUUCCUGGUUGUGAACGUGGCGUUGGUGGUAAAGGAUUCAAAAGGAAAUAUGACAUGGAUCGCCAUGGACUUGUGCAUGAUUCUCCGGUUUAUGGGUGUCCAUUUUGUACAGAUUCGCAACAUAAAUAUCCCCGUGAAGACAAUCUACAACGGCAUGUCAAAGACCAUCACCCGGAUAAAGACAAGGAUGAUCCGGAGCUGCGGACGGUUCUGGCCCAGAAACGAGAAGGAAGUGGACGUGGACGUCCGCGACGAGAUAAUACUUGA